UUUUUGUCUUUUGAAUGGCUGGCCUCGAUUAGGAGGCUGUUUUUAUACAUAUUUAUAUACAGAUUUGAAUUUCAAUUAAAAAGAAAUCUGUCUUUGUAACCAAAAAAAAGGGGAAACAAAUUCUGUUUUUUGUUCUUGUACAACACCAACAUGCGAUAAGCUGUAUAGAAUCUGGCUGCAUGACGUCAUUACUAAAUCUGUCUUUUUAAUUUUUCAUAUUUUCAGGUUCUUUCAUAAUGUCGUCGAAGCCGACACCUUUAGAGUUACCUGAGAUGAACAGCAUUUCACUAGAAGAUACAUUUCAGACCAGCAAAGUUAGUGACAGCACAGAGAUGACAAGCUCCAGUACUAGUAGUACACCCCUGAAGCCACACACUGGUGGUGAUGUUCGAUGGGACGCGAUUAAUUCGGCUACUGGUAAAGGCGGACCUCCCCUUGGUUUAAGCAACUUUCGGUUAUUGAAGCGUCUCGGAUAUGGGGAUAUUGGAAGUGUGUACCUUGUGGAACUCAGGGGAACAAAUACCUACUUUGCAAUGAAAGUGAUGGAUAAAGGAUCUCUAGCAAGUAGAAAUAAAUUGCUCAGAGCACAAACAGAGAGGGAGAUUCUUGGUUUACUUGACCAUCCAUUCUUGCCAACUUUAUAUUCUCAUUUUGAGACUGACAAGUUCUAUUGCUUAGUCAUGGAAUUCUGCAGUGGAGGUAAUCUGCAUACCCUCCGCCAAAAGCAGCCCAAUAAGCAUUUCACUGAGGAGGCUGCUAGAUUUUAUGCAUCAGAGGUGUUGUUGGCACUUGAGUAUCUGCAUAUGCUAGGAAUUGUUUACAGGGAUCUUAAGCCAGAAAAUGUACUAGUGAGAGAUGAGGGUCAUAUAAUGUUGUCUGAUUUCGACCUAUCCCUCCGUUGUUCUGUCAAUCCAACACUCGUCAAGUCUUCAUCGGUACAUGGAGGAGGAGGAAAUCUCAGCAGUAGUGGAUCCGGUAUUUUAGACAACGACAAUGCAGUCCAAGGUUGCAUCCAACCCUCAACUUUUUUCCCUCGUAACAUUCUCCCUACCAAAAAGAAUCGCAAGUCUAAAUCAGAUUUCGGGCUAUUUGUGGGAGGAUCACUCCCUGAGCUUAUGGCGGAGCCCACAAAUGUACGAUCCAUGUCCUUUGUUGGGACCCACGAGUACUUAGCCCCUGAAAUAAUUCGCGGAGAGGGUCAUGGUAGUGCAGUUGAUUGGUGGACUUUUGGCAUAUUCUUAUAUGAACUUCUGCAUGGGACAACGCCUUUUAAAGGUUCUGGCAAUCGCGCAACACUCUUUAAUGUUGUCGGACAACCUUUGAGAUUCCCAGAUACACCGCAAGUAAGUCCUAUUGCGCGCGAUCUUAUAAGGGGGCUCCUCGUGAAAGAGCCACACAAGAGAAUUGCAUAUAAAAGGGGUGCUACUGAAAUAAAACAACACCCGUUUUUUGAGGGAGUCAAUUGGGCUUUGGUGAGAAGUGCUAUUCCUCCCUCUAUACCUGAACCUGUGGACUUUGCUCAGUAUGCCAGUAAAGAAGCAUCAGCUCAUUGUUCAGAUAAGAAGAUGCCAGAUACUGAAAGUCAUGAUAAAAGCAAAAACACUUCUACAGAUUCUUCAUACAUUGAUUUUGAGUACUUCUAGGAUCGAAUACGAUCUACAAAAUUCAUAUCAACGUUGAUCAGAAAACAAAUAAUGCAAAGGAUUUUCUCUUAUUGUGGAAAUUCAAGUGAUGUUAAUGCUAAGUUAGCACGAAACGUUUGAAGUAUAAAUCGAAUGGUCAAAUGUGGGGUAAGGUUCGACCAUUAUACGUUGGUAAGAUUAACUUCUGACCAACUUUGUAUAAUCUUGAAAGUAUGUGCAUGCAGUGUGCUUAUUGUGUAGAACUGAAUAGCAGUGUAACUUCCGAGUGCUCCGAGAAGAAAUCAACUUGCAGCACUUUCAGACGAA